AUGUCUACCCAAGGCUUGAGAGUGCCACCGCGUCCUCACUCCCCAGGCAACGAGAACGACAAGGACACGCCGAGCGCCGAGCACGUUGAACGCGCAGAGUCGACAUCCGCAAAACUGGCCCAGUCCCUGUCCAAGGCCAAAGCAGCAAUAGCCAAAAUUUCCGCCAGAAAUCAGCUUGCGCAAGCUCGAUUUAACAUGGGCUUUGCCGCGGAGCUGCCCCUUGAUGGAUUAGGUGUGGUUCACGACAAGACCUCGCUGCCAAGGCGGCCCUUGCACAGGAGCAAGUACAAUUCACCAACCGCGAUGAAGAGAACACAGAGCCAAAGGGGUGUCCCCGGCCCCAGUUCUCAGGCCGGAUCUGCCAUGAUGGAACGGACGCAAAGCCAAGCUAGAGUCCCAGACCCCAAUUCACAGGAAUAUGCCGACAUGGUGGCUGAGCCGAACCAGCGCCUAGAAGAGCUCUCACCAUAUACUCCCGACGACAGAGUCCCUGACACACCCAUGCCAGACAUGGACGAGGGUCCUGAUGAUAAAAAGCCCCCUCCGCUACCGAGUUCACCUCCGACACCGCGAUUACCCCCCUCACAGGGUGGUGGAUAUGUGCCACAAGCGGAACCCUCCAGACCAUACCAUGCCCCGAUUCUGCGGGCGAAGCGGGACUCCAGCGAAAUUUCAGUCGUGCAGGUCGCCACCUCCGAGUUCAGUGUGGUGGACCCCCACGACUUCAUCGAAGCACUGUCGUGGAGCGACUCUGUUGCAGCUCGGGAUGCGCAGGUAAUCCGAAGGCUCCGUGAGCAGACUAUCACACCACGCGGCGCGCUCAAGAAGCUUUUGGUCCCUUUCAGUCUCGAAGUGGAUAUAUUUUUGGCCGUUGUAGACUUGGGCGCCGCGGCCAUUCAGAUUAUCGACCCAAGGACACAGGAGGAUCUGCGAACACGAGACAAGGAUGAUGGAUUUGAGACAAGCACUUUCGUAUAUGAAUUCAUCCACACAAUGUUUCCGGAUGAGUGCCCCAGCCUGAGGGCUUGGACGAUUCUCUUUGAGAGGACGGAUCAGGCCCCAGAACCAAUCAACGAGCCCGGACUUAUCCGUGGUCGCUAUGUCAACGAGUUGGGUAGUUCCAUUAAGUUGCGGUCCAUCCUACCUUUCUUCUUCGAGGUGGUGCGGAUCGUUUGUAAUGUGAUAACACGGAAGAGGGUUGACGACGUCGCGCUCCUGAAGAGGCUCUUCGCCUUGUUUGAUGGCACCCCGCGCUUGAAGACCAACCAGGCCUUGCAGCGGCUGCGGGAAGAUUCUAGACAAAUGUUGCGCAGCGCGCUCGAGCUCCGGGUCCGCAAAGCCCUGACAGACGCCGAUGUCGAUUUCAGGACCGCAGUCGCGUGGACGAGAGCAGACUCGCCCGGCCAUUGCACGCCGAGACAGUUGCUCUACCUGAAACUGGAUGCGAGAAGACGGGCCUCCACAGCAGUGACGCAAGCUCACCUCGCCGCUGGAGAUCUCAUGGCGCAGCAUGGUCAGCUCCGCCUGCUGGUGGAGGGGAUGUCGCUGAGGUGCGUGAUGGCCAGAUCCGGGCUGCAACACACGAUGGUCAGCAAAUUGACUGCGGGGUGGUUCUAUUCGAAGGAUGGGCGCAGGGAGAUUUGGGAGCCCGAGGCUGCGCUGAACCAGUUCAGGUCUCAGGGGCUGAACGCUCUUGCGCGGAGGUUGCAGGCUAUGAAGACGGAGUUGGAACACUGGGUGGGGAUGGUGAACGAGCACCUGGACAGCUCCAAGAUGCGAUGA